UAUCACCACCCCAGGCUACUGAUCCGACAAUGAAUCCUCAUCAGUACUCUGAAUACAUGCCGGCUCAGCCUUCAGGCUCGCUUCCACCGUCCUAUCUGCAGCAGCAGGGCCAUCAAUCGCAGUACGCACCGCAGCAGCUGCACCAGCAGCAAGGACAAAGUGCGCCACGGUAUGGAGAGGGCGCAACCGAUUCAGAGUCGGAUGACGAUGGAGAAGGUGAUGACUUCAAUGAGGAUGAGGAAGAGGAGUCAUUUGCCAGGCCAUCACGCAUGACGGAGGACCGGCCAUCUAGCACAUAUCCGCAGAUGAACCCUACACCGCUUUACCGACAGCAACAACAACCUACUCUCGCAAACAACCCUAAUAUUCCAGGCUUUUACUCGAGUUCAGGAUUUGACUUGCUCGGUGUAUUGGCGCGUGUCAUUACCCGUCCAAACCCCCAGAUCCAGCUGGGCCCCAUCGAUAUGUCUUGCUCUUUCGUAGUAACAGAUGCCCGCACUGACGACAACACAAUCUGCUAUAUUUCACCAUCUUUUGAAGGCUUGACUGGAUACACCGGAAAAGAGAUCCUCGGACGUAACUGUCGUUUCCUUCAAUCACCUGAGGGCAGGAUCAACCCCCAGGAGAGACGAAAGCACACAGACAACAACGCGACCACACUCCUUAAGAUCGCGCAAAACCAAGGCAAGGAAGCACAGGUUUCGCUAAUCAACUACAAAAAGGGCGGUCAACCUUUCGUAAACUUGCUAACAGUCAUUCCCGUUACAUGGGAGAACCCCAAUGAGAUCGCGUUCUUUGUCGGUUUCCAGGUGGACUUGGUCGAGCAGCCCAACGCCAUUUUGGAGACGUUAAAGGAUGGAUCGUACACCGUCAAUUACCGUAUGUCGACACUGCCAGCCCAGAUCUCGCCUGCUGGUCCAGAUUCGCAGGAUGUGCAAGAAGUAGAGGAUGACGAUGAGCAAGAGCAACUGCAACCGCAGUUGCCAGCCGGAUCUGCGGCGCCUAGUUUGCAGGAGAUUUUGCAGCCUCCAGCACAGAGGAAACAGGACUUGGCAGGUCAUAUCUUGGCGAAGUACUUGUUGGACAAUGCUCCAGCAGUGGUCUACGUGGUGUCAUUGAAGGGUAUCAUCCUUUACUGUUCACAAUCGGCAGCCGAGCUUCUCGAACACGAAGCAGACGAUCUUGUUGGCAAGCAGUUCUCUUCCAUUUGCCACCCAAGUGACAUUGUACCAGUCAUGCGAGAGAUCAAGAACUCGACCAACCCAGCCACCAGCCAUGUCAGUCUCGUCUUCCGUCUCAUGAGAAAACACAGCGGAUUCAUGUGGUUCGAGAGUGAAGGUCACUUGCACAUCGAACCGGGAAGCAAGAACAGGAAGUACGUCUGUUUGCUCGGAAGGGAGACGAGGAUUUACGACUUGAAGUGGAGAAAUGUCCUCACGGCGCCUCCAACACAAUCUGCAGCUACCCCUCAGGAGUUCUGGCUGAAGGUCUCGUACGGUGGCAUUGUGCUUUCCGCAACAAACACGGUAAAGGCCAUUCUUGGAGGUAUGUCAAGCGAUGAGAUGGUUGGAGCAACGGUCUAUAGGUUGGUUGCCCAGGAGAGCCAGCUUCUCGUUCGAAGCGCUCUCGAUACUGUUCGCAGCAUGAGGGACCAAGUGACAGACGUCGUUAUCGGCAUGCAGGACAAGCUAGGUAAUGUCAUCCACUUGACUUGGACUUUCUUCCCCGGCGAUGUACCCUCCGCGAACGGCUUUGACGCCACGUACGUGCUCGUGAACGCACGACGUGUUCAAGGUUCGCCGUCUGCCCUUGCACUCCCUUCCGGCCCCUCCAUUCCCCAAUUGUCUUCUCACCCGAGUACCGGC